CUGCUUACUAUUUCCAUUGCCAUGUUUCUGUCGGUAGAUUCUCUUAACCGCAGCACUUUCCCAGCAGAUUUUGUGUUUGGAACAGCAUCUUCAGCUUAUCAGUAUGAAGGUGCUGCUUUCGAGGGUGGCAGGGGGCCGAGCAUAUGGGACACCUUCACUCAUAGUUAUCCAGAUCGAAUAGCAGAUCACAGUAAUGGGGAUGUUGCUACUGAUUCAUACCAUCGUUACAAAGAAGACAUAGACAUGAUGAAGGAUAUUGGAUUUCAAGCCUACAGAUUUUCCAUUUCUUGGUCCCGAAUACUACCUAGUGGAAAUUUCAAGGGAGGAGUUAACCAAGAGGGAAUCACAUAUUACAACAAUCUCAUAAAUGAAAUACUAUCAAAAGGACUACAACCUUACAUAACCCUAUUUCACUGGGAUCUCCCUCAAGCUCUUGAAGAUGAAUACAAUGGUUUUCUAAGUCCCAAAAUUGUGCAAGAUUUUGCAUAUUAUGCAGAGUUGUGUUUCAAAGAAUUUGGAGAUAGAGUUAAGCACUGGAUAACUGUAAAUGAACCACUACUUUAUAGCCUUCAGGGUUAUGCACUUGGUGGCUUCCCACCAGCAAGAUGUUCUAAAGGGGUGUCCCCAAAUUGUGAUGUUGGUGAUUCUAGUACUGAGCCAUACUUAGUUUCACACCACCAAAUUCUUGCUCAUGCUACAGCAGUAGAAGUCUAUAGAGAGAAGUACCAGAUUUCUCAAAAGGGUCAAAUUGGGAUAGCACUAAAUGCUCCUUGGUUUGUGCCACUAUCCCAAUCAAAAGUCGACAAAGAUGCUGCAUCUCGGGCCCUUGCUUUUAUGUAUGAAUGGUUCAUGGAACCACUAUACUCUGGUACAUAUCCUGCUGUGAUGGUUAAUAAAGUUGGGGAACGUUUGCCAAAGUUUUCUGAAAGGGAAUACUUAAUGGUUAAAGGUUCCUUUGAUUUCAUAGGGUUGAACUAUUACACUGCAAAUUUUGCAGCCAAUAUUCCAUGCCAACAAGGAAAUUUAAGUAUCUUAACAGACCCUUGCGCAAGAUUGACUACUGAAAGAAAUGGGUCUCCUAUCGGUCCAAAGGCUAGCUCAAACUGGAUCUACAUCUAUCCUCAAGGAAUUCAAGAUAUUUUAGAAUAUACCAAGGAAAAGUUCAACAAUCCAACCAUUUACAUAACAGAAAAUGGUUUUGAUGAGGUUAAUGAUGGUACCAAGUCACUUGAUGACAAAUUGAGGAUAUACUAUAUUGGUCAACAUCUUUUAUAUAUUCAAAGGGCCAUAAGGAAUGGUGUGAAGGUGAAGGGAUACUUUGCAUGGUCAUUUUUGGACAAUUUUGAGUGGACUUAUGGGUACACUGCUCGCUUUGGAAUAGUAUAUGUCGAUUUUAAGAAUGGACUUAAGAGAUAUCAUAGAAGAUCAGCUUUAUGGUUCAAAACUUUUUUCCAUCAGUGA